ACAUUCUUCGAAACGUGCGAGGCACUCUAUUUUCGAUUUGUGAGGUUACAAAACAUUUCAAUAAAAAUGUCCAGUUCUGACGAAUCUGAAGAUGAAAAUAUCAAAAAAUGUAUGGAAGCCGUAGAUACAUCGCUGAUAUACGAUGCAAUGUUUAAAGGUGGUACAACUGAGCCCAAAAAAAGUGCAGGUGAUGGACUGAAAUCAGAUGGCAAAACACCAACUUUGGAGCGGCCAAAAUCAAAUCGAUAUCUAGACGAGGCAGAAAAUGUUUUCCAAAGUGAUAUCAACGUAACCGAUUCGAUGAAAGCGUUUAUUGGAAAGAAACUUUCAGGCUUGAUAAAUUCGCGGGUUGAAUUUGUUGAAACAGAAAGUAAAAAUCAUAAACGAUCAAAAUUUUCAAACAAAAAACCAAGCGUAAAACUUUUAAGAGGUUUCGAUCAAUACAUAAAAUUUCCUUUAGUGGAAGAAACUUUAUCCCAAAGUGUCACCAAAAAGCCCAUUAUAAAGCGUAGUAUUGAAGAGGAUCCGCGAGACGAAAAAUCAAAAUUGAAAUCGGUGGUUGUCGACAAAAAUUUUCUAGAGUGUCCAACAUAUGAAAAAUGUUACAAGCAAUCGAAAUCAAUUUCCUAUAAUUAUAAGCAAGUAGGGGUCGAUUUACAAUUUCAAGAACCAGUUAAUGAGUUUACAGAUUUGAAACGAAGUAAUAACUGGGAUGAGUCAAGCAUAAGAAAUUUCAAAAGAAAUAAGCACAAGAAAAUAAAAAGCUUUAAAUGAUUGUAUUUUAA